UACAGCUGAUUGCCAAAGCACGACGUCCAGCAGCAGCAUGUCUCACGUCCUGGCAGUGGACCUGGGCACCACGUCUCACGUCCUGGCAGUGGACCUGGGCACCACGUCUCACGUCCUGGCAGUGGACCUGGGCACCACGUCUCACGUCCUGGCAGUGGACCUGGGCACCACGUCCGUAAAGGCUGUUUUAUUUGAAACUGGCUCCAGGUCGGUUGUUGCGAGUCGGUCUCUGCCGACUACGUGUGAUAUAACAGACCACAGCGGGAUACAGGCGAAGGAGCAGGACACCGGCCGGAUCAUAGACACUCUGAACCGGUGCAUCGGGCUGCUGCCCGGAGACAAGCUGCGGAACGUCGUCAGCAUCGGGCUGUGCGGACAGAUGCACGGAGUCCUGCUCUGGAGAGCGAGGAGCGGUUGUGUUUGGUCCAAGAAGGAUUUCUUCACAACCGGAGACACCAGUCAGCUGAUCACCUGGCAGGAUGGGCGCUGCAGCAGCGACUUCCUCUCCUCUCUUCCAAAACCAGACUCGCAUCUCAGCGUAGCCACGGGGUUUGGCUGUGCAACAAUCCUCUGGCAUGCAAAACACAGGCCUGAGUUCCUUGAGGACUUCACAGUAGCAGGUACCAUCCAGGACUAUGUGGCAUCCAUGCUGUGUAGUUUGGACGGGUGUGUGAUGACGCCCCAGAACGCAGCCAGCUGGGGCUUCUUCAAUACCUCCUCCAACCAGUGGAAUGUAGACAUCUUGAAGGGUGCAGGCUUCCCUUUGCACCUGCUUCCACAGUGUGUGCCAUCCGGUGGCUUGGCGGGACAAACGUGCUCUGACUGGCAUGGCAUCCCUGCUGGUACACCAGUAGGGGCCGCCCUGGGAGACUUCCAGUGCUCUGUCUACUCCUGCAUGAGUGCACGAACAGAUGCAGUUCUUAACAUAAGCACCUCAGCCCAGCUCACCUUCGCCAUGCCGCACGACUUCAAACCUCCAGACUCUCCUCAGCCUGCUUCCUCCAUCUCCUACUUCCCCUACUUUGGCGACUCGUACCUGGCCGUGGCGGCUUCACUCAACGGCGGGAAUGUAAUGGCUACUUUCGUGGGGAUGCUCACUUCCUGGAUGAAAGAGCUUGGUGCAGAGAUGAGUGAUUCCUGCUUGUAUGAGAAGCUGAUUCACUGCGCCCUGAAUCAGGGAACGAGCGACCUGAGGGUGAGUCCUACGAUCAUGGGGGAGAGACACAACCCGCUCUGCCUGGGUCAGGUCGCCAACAUCUCCACCACCAAUCUCUCCCUGGGUCAUUUGACCAGGGCGCUAUGCCGCGGGGUCCUGGACAACAUCACCUCCAUGAUGCCUGCUGAGCGUCUGCAGCAGGCGGGGGUCAGCAGGAUUGUGGGCAGCGGGAGCGCCAUCGCCCGCAAUGAGGUGCUCAGGCAGGAAGUGGAGAGGGCGUUUCCUCAGCCGGUGGUAUACGGACAAAACGCAGACUCUGCUGUUGGCGUGGCCAUGUUCCUCUGUGACUUAAUCUGAAUGAGAGUUGUAAGCCACAAGGGACUCCCUGUCUGUUAACAGGAUUAAGUGAACAUUUUGCACAUAUGACAACCUAAAUCUAGAGCAUCAAUUUGUUUAAAAAAAGGAACAAUCAUUAGCUAACAGCUGAUGUGGUUAUGGUAUAAAUAAAGCG